CUAGGGAAUAAACAUAGUGGCUUUUACGCCAUAUGUAGUCCACUAUAUAUUAAAUAUGGAACGAUUUGAGAUGUAACCAUAGUCAAUGAGAAAUAAUCCAGCACUCAGAGGUUGGAAUAAGGGAAAAACAUGGAGCAAGACUAUGAAGAAGAAAUAAAAGUACUCCAACAAGAGAUAGAGAUGUGUGAAGCCGAGCAGGAAGAGUGUUUACGAGCUAUUUCAAGACAACACAGAGAAACCCUGCAAAAUAUCUUAAAGACCAUCUCCAUCCGAAAGGACAGAGAAGAUGGAGUGAUAAAUAAAGAUGUUUCAAAGCUCAUGACUGAAAUCAGUGAUCUGGAGAAGGACCACAGAAGACAGACAGACAUCAGUGGGAUAUCUCUGUCUGAGUGCUGGGUCAAGACACUGGAGAAAAGCCAUACAAAAACCGUACAGCAGUACAGACUGACUGGUCGCUGUUGGCUUCUUUCAUUCCAAGUUGAGUUUGCACUAACUGAGAUUCAGGACGAUGAAAUCAUCCUGAAAAAAGUGACUGACCUCAACAUUAUAUCGGAUGGAGCCGAGUUUAAAGACUUGUGUGGAUUUCUGUCAAGUGUAGAGGAGUCAAAGAGCGUUUUCCUGUUCUUCAGGACCUUGAGGUCAUUUUCAGAAAGAUGUAAGCAAAGGACUUGCACGUUCCAACACUUUAAGGAGAAAUAUCCAGAUGUGGUUCAACUUCCUGAGGGCUGCAGAUCUGAGAUCAUGGUGAUCCAGAGUCCACAACUUCCUGGGUGUACGAUGAGCAUUUUCUGGAACAUUACCGUCAGUAAAGAAGGAACAGUCAAGCCGAAGAUUGACCUACUGAUGAAAAUGCCUGAGCAAGCUCAAAAGUUGGAUACGGAAAACGUGGUGGAGUCGGCACCGGAAUGCUUUCGGAGUCUUCUGACGGUGUUUGGAGUGGAAGCUACAAUCGAAAGUUUAAUACAAUCUGUAUGUUUUUGAACAAUCAUGCAACACAAAAACACCACAGGCAUGUGUAUAUUUUCUUUAUAAUUUUAUUCAGUAUAAACACCACUGUAUCAUCACCCAUUAAGAAAUGUAUUAAUGCCAUCUGUACACAUUCUGUCAUCACAUGUACACGUGUGCACAUAGCGUAUGUAAAUAUACAUCAUUAGACAAUAGCUAGAAAAAUAAAUAAUUUAAAUAGAAAAAUGUGACAGCAAAAUCCACUUUGUCUUUUGAAAGAGUGAAUAGUUUAGUCCUUACUUUAUCUGUAUCACAGUGAUUGUGAUUUCUUGAGAGGAUUAAUAGUAACCUGGGUUUCAGUUUAGCAAGUACACAUCCUUUAGUUCCUUGUAGUGAGUCGGUCAAUGUUUUGCUCCCUGCAAGUUAACCUAUUUGUUUCCACACGUCACAGACUUAAGAUUUGGCCUUAGCCCCACACACGUACACUGCCAAGCAAGAGUUUUCACCUUCUAAUUAAUGAGUGUAUUGGCAAGUUUUAAAUACUGUAAAAUUAACUCUAAAUCUAAUGAAGGAAUGGGUGUAAGUGAAUUAACAGUGAAGUUAGAAAAAUUAACCAAUUGGAAAAUAGUAGUAGAACAUGGCAUUUGUUGUGAUAAUUGACAUUAGCACACGCUCUACAUCUCUAGAGGCUUUGCUGAUUCUUUUCAUUAGAUACACUGAAGCUUUAGGUUGUUAAUAUUUUUCCUUAACUUACUUUUUUCUGCGGCACUAAUAGUGAUUAAACUGUAACAAACUCCAUGUGUCCAAACUUUUGACUGGCAGUGUAGAUCAAAUUGUUUUGCUUUGUAACAAUGAAACUUUCAGUCUUCCCCAAAUAAAUUUGUCUCUCUUGAAUUAGAGUAACAAAUGACAUCUGAUUUGACUUUAAACUACAAAAAUGUUUCUAUUUUUACUCUUUCACAUGUAAUGACUACCGAACUAAAAAUCUGCAGCACAAGGUAUAAACUCUUACAGAGGUACAUUAGGAGGAACAGUAAAGAGUUUGGCCGAUAUUAAAGGCUGUCCAUGUUUAAAUCCAUGAAAAUCCUCCGAACUGUUGAUUAAGGCCUCGAGAACUGACAUGCGCAAAUGCGCAGUAAAGUCAAAUCAAGUCAUGGAAUCGUUCAGUUCAACUAAAAAAGAGAAACAGAACUUUAGUGGUUUAAAACAGCAUUAGACACAGCAAUUGCUAGACCACAUCUGAGCUAGAAGGUCAUUAUUUAAAAAUAUAUAUAUAUAUAUAUAUAUAUAUAUAUAUAUAUACAUAUAUAUAUACAUAUAUA